GAGAGAGAGAGAGAGAGAUGUAUUUACCCCGUGAUGGAGGCUUUGAUCGUGGACUAUUAAAAUGUAGCACAGCAUCUCCGGACAGAAAAACAAACACUGCAUAUUAACAGCUGACCGGGGACAGGAAUCAGGAUGGCGGAGAGACGCGCGUCGAAGCGGCCGUCUGUCUGUGUGGACUAAUUAUUCUGCUGCCAUCGAGCUCAUGUAGACGAUUCAUUUUUUGUGGGGGGGGAUGCGCGAUCGUUUUUUUUUUUAUUCAUUUUUUCCCCCUCCUGUAGGUGGGUUAUUAAAACCAUCGAAAAUCUGACAUCAUUUUGGAUAUAUGAAGAGAACACGAGAUGGAAAAUCCACCGAUCGUCGUGAUGCAACAUAAAAUCUCUUUCGUCGGAUGAGAUUGAAGCACCAAAACGAGCACAUUUUGGAAAAAAAUAAAAAUAACAAUGCAAAAAAGGAAAAAAAAGGAGGGGGAUGAUCUAUUUUUCUGUACCCUAACUGCUCCUGAUCCUGGAUGGUUUUGAUGAUUCGACAUUGUAUAUGUGCAAUUUUGGAUGGAUUUAUGCAUAACAGGUGUUGUUUGAGCCCGACAGCAGCGCAGCCAGAGCAGGAGGUUCCUCCUGUAUUAUGUGUUUUUCUCUCAUCCUAACAAACAGUGACACAAAAGACGGCUUGGAUUAUUUUGCAACUGUGGGAGAAGGAAAUAGAAUCCAAAAAAAAAAAAAAAAAAAGAAAGGAGGAGGAGGAGGGGGAAAUGAGUGGAUGAAAGGUGGGAGGAGAAAUGAAAAGAGGAACGAUGUCGCGUAGAAUAAAUCCUUACGGCCUCUCCUUGUAGAGAAGAGGGAGCCGCGCAGGAGACGACGGCUGUCGGAGGAUCAGUGGUGUUCAUAAAGGGCCCGGACUGCAGGCGGUAGAAUGGCUAACCAGAGCUUUGCCUUUGAUGGCCCUGGCAGUUUGGCGGCUGUGGUGGCUUCACAGAGCGGGCUGGCGAGAGGCGGCGGCAGCAGCAGCGACAGCAGCACUGGCGGGGGAAUCUCUGCCACAGAUGUGUCUGCCUACUUUAAGCUGGUCUUCUUGGGUUUGAUCAUCUGUGUCAGCUUGGUAGGCAACCUUUUGGUGUCCCUGCUGGUGCUGCGAGAGAGGACACUGCACAAGGCCCCCUACUUUUUCCUGCUGGACCUGUGCCUGGCCGAUGCGGUUCGCUCUGCUGCCUGCUUCCCCUUUGUGUUGGUGUCCGUCCACAACAGCUCGGCCUGGACUUACAGCGCGUUGAGCUGUAAAGUUGUGGCUUUUAUGGCUGUGCUGUUUUGUUUUCACGCUGCCUUCAUGCUCUUUUGUGUGGCUGUUACGCGCUACCUUGCCAUCGCCCACCACAGAUUCUAUGCCAAGCGCAUGACCAUCUGGACCUGCGCUGCCAUCAUUUGCAUGGUGUGGACUCUGGCUGUCGCCAUGGCAUUCCCGCCCGUCUUUGAUGUGGGGACGUACAAGUUCAUCCGUGAUGAGGAUCAGUGCAUUUUUGAACACCGCUACCUGAAGACCAACGACACCCUGGGCUUCAUGCUCAUGCUGGCUGUGGUGGUCCUGGCUACCCACGGCUUCUACGCCAAGCUGCUGUUGUUUGAGUACAGGCAUCGCAAGAUGAAACCCGUUCAGCUAGUACCAGCUAUCAGCCAAAACUGGACCUUCCACGGUCCUGGGGCUACGGGUCAAGCUGCAGCUAACUGGAUUGCAGGAUUUGGUCGCGGUCCCAUGCCGCCCACUCUGCUGGGCAUCAGGCAAAAUUUACACAAUCAACACCGGCGGCUGCUCGGCAUGGAGGAGGUGAGGUCAGAGAGGAGGCUGGGCAGGAUGUUCUACACCAUCACCCUGCUCUUCCUGGUCCUCUGGGCACCCUACAUCGUGGCAUGUUUCUGGAGGGUGUUCGUCAAGUCCUGCGCCAUCCCUCACAAGUACCUUUCCAUCACCGUGUGGAUGAGCUUCGCCCAGGCCGGAGUCAACCCCAUCUUCUGUCUUCUGCUUAACGAGGACCUGAGAAAAGUGCUGAGAGCUCACCUGCCCACUUACUGGAGGACUAAACAGCAUCUGCCCCAGGAUGAAGCCUACUGCAUUAUGUGAUGUGUCUAGAAAAGAGAAUGUUUUAAAAGGUCAUUGCGAGAAAAUAAUUGAUUCUCCUUGGUCUAGUGUCAGUGUCUGCUUCGUUGUUUUUGCACAACAAAUUGCAGGUACGGUGUCAUUUUAUUAGGAAUGUCGAUAUCUGAGUCAAAUGUAAGAUGGCCCUCAGGUGCACACGUCUUGAGGAGGGCACGGUAACAGUUAAUGGCUUAGACGUCCGAAUACGUACUGUAUGGCUAAAGAGUAAAUAUCACAACAAUCACAACGCCCAGUAACAGUGAGAGAUGCCAUUUUAAAAUAAUGUUGCCUUAUUUAAGAGGGAAACGUCCCAGAGCUUUCAAAUGAGAAUGGGUUUAUGUGUCACACACGGGGCACAAAACAAAUCCUUGAACUGUAUGUGGACUUCUGUCAGGAAGCGAUCAUCACAAACUCUGAAAUGCAUCAAGGAACUCAAAUGGUCUGAAAGGAGCGACAGACCACCCUGGACGCCUUUUCAUGUACUUCAAAAGAGACUGCAAAUUCCAGAACCCUUAAAUAGCUGUCAUUUAAAAAAAAAAAGAAAAAAAAAACAAAACAAACAAAAAAAAAAAAACUCCAAACAUGCUUGAUAUUUUGGACUUGAUUUAGGGCCUGUCAGGUUGAUUUGUAUCAUAAAAAAAUUGCCUGUUUUGCUUUAUUUGGUAACAAUACAUGUUAAGCAGAUGACACUAUUUUGAAAUAUGACUUGAUUUCAUAUUGUACAGACUGUAACAGGAAUGUAAAUUCCUGCUUGUGUGUUUUUCUAUAGCAUUUGUUUGUAUAUGUUGGAAAGGUAGGUGGAAGAAAAAAAGUUGGAGAAAGAAAGGAGAAAAAACAAUGAUAGAAUAGGUUGUAGUGUUAUUGAGUCGAUAUGAAAGCAGUCUCAUUUCUUGUCUCAAAACUCAUGCAAUAUUGAGCAGUCAUCACAUGGAAUUUUAUCCUGUAAAUGGAUUUCCGUAAUGGAGUUUGUAGUUAGAUUUUUACUGGUGAAGAAGCAGACUUGAAGCGCAGUUGGGUAAUGAAUAAGGGACAGAUUAAUUAGAAAAUAUCAUUUGCACAUUGCAAACAGACCAUAGGGUUUAAUGACUUGAAUUACAAUGCGAUUUAUAUUUAUGAAGUUUAAAAAAAAUCAUAAGCAAAUUGACAUUUAUUUGCAAAAGAUGAUGUUGGGAAUUUUAAUGUUUUAUUUUUCAUCUAUUGUUGACUCAACUCUGGUUGCAAAAAUUCAAGAAAAGAAGUGGCACCUGACCUGAAGGGAACUUGAUUGUUGCCAGACUCUUUUCUAAUCCCCAUAAAUGUCACCAUUUCAUUGUCUGGGUCACAACUCAUUCAGAAUCAGUCUUCAGGACCCCAGAGGUGUGCAUUGUGUGGAAACCAGCUUAGGCAUCUCUACAAAAUUCAGACACAUGCAAUGAAUGAAAUGUCUGACGUAUGCGGUAUGUUAGGCAUUAGAUAUAUUUGUGCAGUCAAUUUUUUUAUUUUAUUUUAUUUUUAAUGUGGACACUUGCACAGAAUACAGGAUUAGCAUGCAUUCCAUCGCAUUUCAUAGAUUCAAGAUUGGGGAUUCAACUUGUACAGAUGUUGAUAUGGGAAGAGAUACGUGAACUGAGAUCCAUAAUUUGUACGUAUGUCUGGCAUUCCUUUGCGAGAUGAUAUUCUGUAACUGUACAGUUUAACUGAGGCGGUUCUUUUGCCCACUCAUCAAUAAAGACUCUACUUUUGAUGCAUUCUGA